GGAGGAAAACUUUCUUUGGAAGAAUAUGAUAUUUCAGAUAUCAUUAAAAUCUUGGUUAUUGCUAACGAACUUAACCUUCAAGAGUUAAUUCCUUAUAUAGAAUCUUUUUUAAUUAAAAACAGAACAAACUGGUUGGAACAAAAUUUUGAAUUAAUAUAUCAGACAAGUUUUGAAAACGAUUCUUUCUUAGAACUUCAAAAAUAUUGUACUGAUUUAAUUUCUAAAGAACCAGACAAGAGAUUUAAUUCUCCAAAUUUUUCUACAAUUCCAGAAAGACUUCUAAUCACGCUUAUCCAAAAUGAUAAUCUUAAAAUGAAAGAAAUUCAAGUAUGGGAAUAUGUAAUUAAAUGGGGACUCGCUCAAAAUCCAGGACUUCCUUCUGAUCCCACAAAUUUUUCAAAGGAUGAUUUCAAUACUUUAAAAAACACCCUACAACAAUGUAUUCCUUUUAUUAGAUUUCAUAAUUUAAAUUCAAUAGAAUUUUCAAAAAAGGUAUUGCCUUAUAAAAAAAUUUUAUCAAAGGAAUUAUAUAAAGAAUUAUUAAAUCAUUUUUUGGAAAAUGACAUUAAGGAAUCAUUACCUCGUAUAUCUAUGUCAAAACAAAAAUCUACAUUAGAUAUUACUAAGGUUACAAACAGUGAUAAAGAGUCACAAGAAGUUGAAAAGAAUUUGGAGGAAGCUUUUAAACGGUAUAAAAAAGCAGCAGAGGAUGGAAAUGAAGUGGCAGUAUAUAAUUUAGCUGGUUGUUAUAAAUAUGGAAAAGGUGUAGAAAAAGAUGAACUUUGCAGAAACCUUGAAUUUUUGCGAGGUAUCAUUACGUCAUUACUAAGAUAUAUGCAAGAUAUAUUUAGGCCGCGGAUUUUUAAGCGAUCAACGUACUGAAUUUCCGUUGACAAAGCGCCCCUGGUGACACAACUAUAACAAAGUGGGAA